AUGGGAUUAGCUAAGCAUUUUCUCCUAACAAAUAUAGAACCAGAAUGGAUGGUUUUAUGUCUCUUACCAGUUCUUCCUCCCGAAUUGAGACCAAUUAUUCAAAUAGAUGGCGGUAAACUAAUGAGUUCGGAUAUUAAUAAACUCUAUAAAAUAGUUAUCUUUCGGAACAAUACUCUUAUUGAGCUAUUAAGAACAAGUGGAUUUACACCAGCGGAAUUAGUAAUGUCUCAAGAAAAAUUGGUACAAGAAGCCGUGGAUGCACUUCUUGAUAAUGGAAUCCGCGGACAACCGAUGAGGGACGAUCAUAAGAAAGUUUACAAAUCGUUUUCCGAUAUAAUUUCGGGCAAAGAGGGAAGAUUUCGAGAGACUCUUCUUGGAAAACGAGUUGAUUAUUCGGGGCGUUCUGUUAUUGUCGUAGGUCCAUUACUUUCAUUACAUCGAUGUGGAUUGCCCCCCGAAAUAGCAAUAGAGCUAUUUCAGACAUUUCUAAUUCGUGGUUUAAUUCGAAACCAUAUUGCUUCGAACAUAGGAGUUGCUAAGAGUCAAAUCCGGGAAAAAGAACCAAUUGUAUGGGAAAUACUUCACGAAGUUAUGCGGGGACAUCCAGUAUUGCUGAAUAGAGCGCCUACUUUGCAUAGAUUGGGCAUACAGGCAUUUCAAUCCAUUUUAGUAGAAGGACGUGCUAUUUGUUUACAUCCAUUGGUGUGUAAGGGAUUCAACGCAGACUUUGAUGGGGAUCAAAUGGUUGUUCAUGUGCCUUUAUCUUUGGAGGCUCAAGCAGAAGCUCAUUUACUUAUGUUUUCUACUACGAAUCUCUUGUCUCCGACUAUUGGGGAUCCUAUUUCUGUACCAACUCAAGAUAUGCUUAUUGGACUUUAUGUAUUAACUAGCGGAAAUCGUCGAGGUAUUUAUGCAAACAGGUAUAAUUGGUUUAAUUGCAGAAAUUCUCAAAAUGAAAAAAUGAGCAAUAAUAACUUUAAGAACUUGAAGUAUAUGAAAAAAAAGAACCCUGUUUUUGCAAUUCCUAUGAUGCAAUUGGAGCUUAUAGACAGAAAAGAAUAA